CCCCGGUGACACGUCGGAAUGGCGGCUCCCGUGGACGACGCGGAACUGCGGGAGGCUCAGCGGGACUACCUGGAUUUCUUGGACGACGAGGAGGACCAGGGGAUUUACCAGAGUAAAGUCCGGAGCAUGAUUAGCGACAACCAGUACCGUCUGAUUGUCAGUUUCAAUGACCUCCGAAGGAAGAACGAGAAGAGAGCCAGUCGCCUGCUGACCAGUGCCUUUGAAGAGCUGGUGGCGUUCCAGCGGGCCCUGAAGGACAUGGUCGCUUCGGUGGAUGCCACCUACUCCAAGCAGUACGAAGAGUUCUACGUCGGGCUCGAGGGCAGCUUUGGGUCGAAGCACGUGACGCCCCGGACACUGACCUCCCGGUUUCUCGGCUGCAUUGUCUGCAUGGAGGGCAUUGUGACCAAAUGUUCUUUGGUGCGCCCCAAGAUUGUCCGCAGUGUGCAUUACUGCCCAGCCACCAAGAAGACCAUCGAGCGCCGGUAUACAGAUAUGACAUCUCUUGAAGCGUUUCCAUCCAGUGCUGUUUACCCCACAAAGGAUGAAGAGAACAACCCCCUGGAGACAGAAUACGGCCUGUCUACCUACAAGGACCAUCAAACCAUCGCGAUCCAGGAGAUGCCGGAGAAAGCGCCCGCGGGGCAGCUCCCUCGCUCUGUGGACGUCAUUUUGGAUGACGACCUUGUGGACUUGGUCAAGCCAGGCGACAGAGUACAGGUCAUCGGAACCUUCCGCUGCCUGCCCGGGAAGAAAGGGGGCUACACCUCAGGGACAUUCAGGACCAUCCUGAUUGCGUGCCACGUGAAGCAGAUGAACAAGGAGGCCCAUCCGACUUUCCUCGCCAGCGACGUGCCCAAGAUAAAAAGGUUCAGCAAGAGCCACUCCAAGGAUAUCUUCGACCAGCUGGCAAGGUCUCUGGCUCCCAGUAUCCAUGGGCACGAGUACAUCAAGAAGGCUAUUCUCUGCAUGCUCUUGGGUGGGGUGGAGAAGGUGCUGGAAAACGGAAGCCGCCUCCGAGGAGACAUCAAUGUCCUGCUCAUUGGCGACCCUUCAGUGGCCAAGUCUCAGCUGCUGCGUUACGUGUUGUGUACAGCUCCCCGUGCCAUCCCCACGACCGGCCGGGGCUCCUCGGGGGUCGGCCUGACAGCUGCGGUUACAACAGACCAGGAAACAGGAGAGCGCUGCCUGGAAGCGGGGGCCAUGGUCCUGGCGGACCGGGGGGUGGUGUGCAUUGACGAGUUUGACAAGAUGUCCGAUAUCGACCGCACAGCCAUCCAUGAGGUGAUGGAGCAGGGGCACGUGACCAUUACCAAGGCAGGCAUCCAGGCCCAGCUGAACGCCCGCUGCAGCGUCCUUGCAGCUGCCAAUCCGGUGUACGGAAGGUAUGACCAGUACAAAACUCCUAUGGAGAACAUUGGCCUUCAGGAUUCCUUGCUCUCCCGGUUCGAUCUGCUCUUCAUUGUCUUGGAUCAGAUGGAUCCAGAACAAGACCGGGAGAUCUCGGACCAUGUCUUACGGAUGCACCGGUACAGAGCGGCUGGCGAGCAAGACGGGGAUGUCUUGCCUUUGGGCAGCUCCGUCGAGCGGCUGGCCACGGAAGACCCCAGUCUGGCCGAGGAGGAGGAACAGGAGCUGCAGGUGUGAAAACACGACGAUCUUCUGCACGGGCCGAGGAGGCGGAAAGAGAAGAUUGUGAGCGUGGAGUUCAUGCGGAAAUACAUCAACUUUGCCAAGAUGCUCAAGCCCGUAUUGACCGAGGAGGCGGCUGCCUUCAUAGCCAAGUCCUACUCGGAGCUUCGCGGUCAGGAGCAGGUGAACUCCGAAGUUGCUCGGACUUGCCCCAUCACGGCCCGUACGCUGGAAACACUGAUCCGGCUCGCCACCGCGCACGCUAAGGCCCGGAUGUGCAAAACGAUUGAUGAGGUUGAUGCCAAAGCCGCUCUGGAUCUGGUGCAGUUCGCCUACUUCAAAAAGGUUCUGGAGAAAGAGAAGAAACGAAAGAAGCAGACCAACGAUGAUACAGACCAAGAAACGGAUGAUGAAGCCGAACAGGAAAUUGAACAAAGCCAGAAGAAGAGAAGGAAGACACGUUCUAGCGACCAGACCGCUACAGAAGGGGAAUCACAUGAUCCUUACGACUUCAGCGACACGGAAGAGAAAAUGCCCGAAGUUCAGGCACGGACUCCAAAAUCUCCUGAUCCGCCGCAAACUGGAGAGGCUAAAACAAAGUUGGCCGAACCUAGGCUGAAGGAAUUCAAGGCCGCCCUUCUGGAGGUGUUCCGCUCUGCUCAUGCGCAGUCGGUGGGCCUGAAGACCCUGAUGACGUCCCUCAACCAGGACAGGCCGCAGCCCUUCUCAUCUUCUGAGGUGAAGAUGGCCCUUGAGCAGAUGCAAGACGACAACCAGAUCAUGGUGUCGGAUGACAUAAUUUUCCUAAUCUAAGCCGGGACUGAGGGGAAAGCAGAGACUCCCCCUCCCCACUUGAAUCUACUCUGCGUCAAAGCUACUCCCCUCCCUCCCAUCCUGACAUAUUGGCAAAGCUUAGCUGAUCAGAACUAUUUAGACGGGGAGAAUUUUGUCUUUAAGCAUAGUUCGGUAUGUCUGAGGAGAACCAGGAACUAAAAGUCCGCCUUUUGAAAGGACCUGUGUGGUUGUGUCCUUUAUCUUUGCUAUUUCAGUGGAAGGGAAUUUUUUUUCCCCCUACUUUGUUAGCCACUUCAGUCAAUGUGUCCUAAAUAAAUUGGUGGUUGUGAGUGUCAAACCACAUUUCCAUACCACGUUCCCAUGGUUAAAAAACGUUUUCGAUAUAGAGUCCGCUACUGCGGUGAAGGGUGACUUCCCGUUUCCCGUCUCUGUUCUUCCAGCUACGCAGUGAAUUGAUGCUUAAAUUAGGUGCCUACGGUGUAAUGCACGAACUUCGCUAUGCGACGUGGGAGGGGGCCUUUUAAAACAAGCCCAAAUAUUUGUGAUGGGUGUUUUGUUACUGAGGCGAUUAAAAUGUAUUUACAGACAAAAA